AUAGUCAUGUGAAGUGAAGUGUGGAGGGCUUGUCAUGUAAAACAUUAAAAACACAUGGAUGAUAACCAUCAACCACUCAAACCAUAAGGAGGUUAAAUGAACACCACCCCAAUAAUAAAUAGUACCCUCGAUUAUUCUCAUUCUCAAAAGAUCAAUUAUUUUGUUUUCUUUUAACCCCCCGGCCAUGGAUAUCACUACACUUUCUUGUGUUCUUGGAGUAGCUGUAGCAUCAAUCUUCUUGUAUUUUAUAUGGAGGUUUUUGAAUUUGUUAUGGUUUAAACCAAAGAAAAUCGACAAGUUUUUAAGAGAUCAAGGAAUCAAGGGUACCCCGUAUAGAUUCUUGUAUGGAGAUCUUAAAGAGACGGUGGAGAUGAUGAACGAAGCCAAAUCUAAACCCAUGACUCUUACUCACGAUGUCGCACCUCGAGUUUCGCCUUUCUUCUACAAAUCCAUCACCACUCUUGGUAAGACUUGUUUUACAUGGAUGGGAACAAGACCUAUGGUACACAUAUCUGAACCUGAUAUGAUACGAGAAGUCUUGGCUAAUUAUAAUACAUAUCAAAAGCAAAGGGGUGGUAAUCCAUUAACAAAGUUGCUAGUUAGAGGAUUAGUAGAUCUUGAGGGAGAACAAUGGGUUAAACAUAGAAAAAUCAUUAAUCCAGCAUUCCACAUGGAGAAGCUCAAGCAUAUGAUACCAGCCUUUUAUGUGAGCUGUAGUGAGAUGAUCGGCAAAUGGGAGAAACUUUUAACCCAAGAAAGUUCAUGUGAAGUGGAUGUGUGGCCUCAUCUUCAAACUUUUUCAAGUGAUGUAAUUUCACGUACAGCUUUUGGUAGCAGUUUUGAGGAAGGAAGAAAGAUAUUUGAACUUCAAAGAGAACAAGCAAGGCUAGUUAUAAAGGCUGCAAAUUCAGUUUACAUUCCCGGAUCACGAUUUUUGCCAACAAAAAACAAUAAACAGAUGAAAGAGAUUGACCGACAAGUUAGGGAUUCUAUAAAGAGCAUAAUCAAUAAACGAGUUGUUGCAAUGAAAGCCGGGGAUGCUAGCCAUGAUGACCUUUUAGGUAUACUUCUUGAUUCAAAUUACAAAGAAAUUAAACAAAAAGGGAAUAGCAAUUUCGGAUUAAGCAUUGACGACGUUAUUGAAGAAUGCAAACUUUUCUACUUUGCGGGGCAAGAGACCACAGGAAAUAUGCUUGUUUGGACUAUGACUUUAUUAGGUCAACACUCGGAAUGGCAGACCCGUGCUAGAGAGGAAGUUUUAGAUGUCUUCGGAGAUAAGAAACCAGAUAUCGAUGGCUUGAGUCAUCUAAAAGUUAUGAACAUUAUCUUCAAUGAGGUUCUCAGACUAUAUCCACCUGCCAUAUUUCUUAGACGACUAAUACACGAAGAAUCCAAAUUAGGUAACCUAACCUUACCAGAAGGAACCCUUAUCCAAAUAAACGCAUUGAUUUUGCAUCAUGACAAAGAUAUGUGGGGUGAAGAUGUGAACGAGUUUAAGCCCCAAAGAUUUUCCAAAGGUGUUUCAAAGGUUACCAAGGGACAAGUUGCUUACAUUCCAUUUGGUGGUGGCCCACGUAUCUGCAUUGGCCAAAAUUUUGCCUUACUAGAAGCAAAAAUGGCUCUUGCAAUGAUUUUGCAGCGCUUUUCUUUUGAGCUAUCUCCAUCGUACUCGCAUGCCCCACACGGAAUGCCUACUCUACAACCUCAAUUUGGGGCUCACUUGAUUCUACGUAAAAUUUAAACCGUGUAUCACCUAUAUUAUAGUUAACUUUAAGUAUAUGUUUUGUCAUAUAUAAAGGGUUGUACUCCAUAUGUUUCAUAUUAUUAGUAAUACAUAAAUUUCAAAAUUCUAUAGUUAAAA